AUGUCAACCGUAUUGACGUCAGCGGCGGUGGUGGAGGCGGAGGGGGAGGCGCAAGCGCCGGAGGUGGCGCAGGCGCAAGUCCGCAAGGGGCGGGGGAAGUCAGGCGGGCGGCAGAGAGUGCAGCGGCGGAAGGGGGGCGAUGGAGGGGAGGUAGACGGCGAGGUAAGACCGCGGCCGUGGGUGAUGGUGGGUGGGGCGUGGGCGCAAUGGGAGGCGGCGGGCGUGCGGACGAACAAGCUGGCGUGGCUGGCGGACGAGGGCGUCAUGCUCGACUCCGAGCGCACGUUAGAGCGGGUGGUGCUCGUCCGUGAGGGAGGCGCUGGGGAGAUGACUGUUGAUUCCCCUCCCUCCCUGUCCCCCAUCUCCCGCACGUUGGCGCGUGUGAAUCGCGCCAUAGCGCGGUGCUCGUCCGUGAGGGAGGCGCUGGGCGUGGUGGAGGAGAUGAAGGCCAAGGGACUCAACGCCGCCAAUGAAGGCGCUGAUAACGGUGUGCAGGAGGCAGAGGCAGGGCGAGAGGGCGCUGGUGGUGUACGCAGCGAUGAAGCAGGCGGGCAUGGCGCCGGGCAUGCUCACCUUCAACGCACUCAUCUCCUGCUGCCACCAGGCCCAGCGAUUGAGGAUGCUUUUCGCCUCAAGGUGCUUUUGUGUGAGGCAUGUGGUGAAGGUGUGUGCGUGCGGGUGUUGCAUAAGGUGCAGGCGUGUGCGUGUGGAGCACGAGGCAUGCUCACCUUCAACGCCCUCAUCUCCUGCUGCCACCAGGCCCAGAGAUUCGAAGAUGCUUUUCGACUCAAGGCCACGAGGCAUGCUCACCUUCAACGCGCUCAUCUCCUGCUGCCACCAGGCGCCACGCUUCGAAGAUGCCGCCGGGAGCAGCAGCUGGAGGUGCAGGCCACACAGAGAGACUCACAGAAUUAUGCAGCUACAGACACCUGUCCUGGACGCCUGUGCAUUGCUCUCUCACACCCACACAUGCGCGCCCUCCUCGCCUCUCACCCUCCUACCCUCCCCUCUUCCGCCCCUCCCUGUCUGCCUGCGGACAUGGAAGCGCAGGGCUUAAAGCCCGACGUGGUGACAUACACGUCCCUCAUGGCGCUCGUGGUCAAGACCGCCCCCUACCGCGGCCGCUCCUCCCCCUCCCAACGGUCAGUCCCUCCUCCUGCAGACCCAUCUCACUGGUUUGAGAGAGCAAUGGAGCUAUAUCGCGAGAUGCGUUCCCCCGAGCGAGCAGUGCAGCCGGACGCCAUCACCUUCAACACGCUCAUGUUUGCCGCCGCCCAGGCGAAGCUUCCCGGGAAGGUGCUGGAGGUGUACGGCAUGAUGGUGGCGGACGGCGUGCCGCCCAACCAGAUCACGUUCGGGAUUCUGCUCGAAGCCGUGGGCAGCGGCGGGCGGCUGACUGCCGCCCUGCAGGUGGGUGUGUGUGCAUCCCAGGAGGUGGGUGGGAGCCUCCCACUGGGAGGGAGGGAGGAGGGAAGUGGAGAGCACCCCAGAAGGAAGGUGUUCAACGAGAUGCGGGCGUCAGGCAUCCCCCCCACCACCUCCACCUUCAACUACCUCAUAGACGCCUGCGCCACCGCUCCCCGCCCUGACGCGGUGAAGGCGUGGAGCCUCUUUUCCGAGAUGGAAGGUGCUGAGAACGUUCGUCCCAACGCAGAGACGUUCAACCUGCUGAUCACCGCGUGCACCAAGGCGGGCGACCACGAUGGUGCACUAAAGGCAUUUGGAAUGAUGAGGGAGAGGGGCUACACGAGGGCCAUCACCACGUCCACCUUCAACAAGCUCAUCCACUCCGCUGCUGCCACUCCCUCUGCCUCCACUGAAACCGCCUUCCAGGUAUUCCACGCCCUCCCUUCUGUGCCCUGCCUUCCAGCUACGCUCUCCCCUCUGCGCCUUCAUUCCAGGUAUGCCCUCCCCUCUGCGCCUUCAUUCCAGGUAUGUGUCAAGCCAUCGACUCAUGUUUUCCUGCUCACCCUUCCUCCCAACGCCCAUUCCGCACUCUCUCACCCAUCCUCCCACCAACCCAACCCCUCUCUCACCCUUCCUUCCCUCCCCUUGCUCACCCUGGACACACUCAUCACGGCAUGUGGCAACGACGGGGACGUGACCCCUGUGCUCUCCCCUCGCCCCUCCUUUCCACCACCGACCACCUUUAUUCACCCACAUCCUUCCUGUCUCCCUGGUCACCUCUCCCCCCACCAGCUGUACAGUCAGAUGCGAGCGGAGGGGCACAGGCCAGACAUGGUGACCCUGGCCACGCUCAUCACAGCCCAAAUGAGGGCGGAGGGCCACAGGCCAGACGUGGUGACCCUGGGAACGCUCAUCACAGCAUGUGGCAAGGACGGGGACGCGGCACGGGCCAUGGCAGUGCGGCAGGAGCUAGAGGCCGAGGGGGUGCCGCCCAACGCCGCCGUCUUCCACGCGCUCAUGGCGGUGCAGGGCCGCGCUGGCUUGUGGCCAGCGGCGCUCGGCACGUUCCGGGAGAUGCAGGGCCGGGCGGCGGAGUGGGAGCGGAAGGGGAGUGGCAGCACUGUUAUUGGUGGCCCCAGAGAGAACCCCCUGGCACCAACCCUCCCGGCGUAUACAGUGCUUUUUGACGCGUGCUUUGGCCCCGAGGGGGCAGAUGCAACAAUCAAGAGCCUCGUCGAGAAGGGGCACAGGCUCUCCCUCACACCGGCCCUGGCAGCAGCGGUGGAGGUGUACAGAGAGGCAGCAGAGGCGGGCACCUUCUCGCACUACGCCCUCACUGAUGCCUACAGGUUAGCCUCUUCUGCUCUCUGGAUGUCGCGAGCAAAGAACCAGCCAAUAGGAGAGGCACCUCGGGGCAGGUUCCCGAAGCUGUUUGUGAGUGUGGAUCGGACACUGCAGGCGGUGGGGCUCAAAGGCAAAAGCAUGCGUGCUCUCACCAUGCAAGCGCUGUCUGUGGAUGCUCAACAGCUCGCGCAAUGGCUCAAGACAGACGCUGCUGCCGUGUUUCCCGAGUUGAGCAAGUAG